AGAUAAGCAAAAUCUCGGACAUGUGCAUCAAAAUCGAGCAAAUUACAGAUCUCAGGUUUCAUUCAAGACGCUCAUGCGUAAGCAACAGCUGUCCUGCUGCGGGGACUGACCGUGAGAGGGGGGGAAAAGUUCUCAGCGAAGGCUUGAAAGAAGACCAACGACCCGGCUAACUUCUGGGUUCUUUGGAAAUCACUUUUUUGACUGGACAAGGGCAUAACUGAGAGACCCCAGUGCGGUGGUAUCUCUCGCCGAGCAGAAUGCGAAGAUGGCAGGCCUGCUCCUCCCGACCGAUGGCACCGAUGUGUUUCGCCGCUUCACGCCGGAGUCGCUGGCGGCGAUCGAACGCCGCAUGGAGGAGGAGGCCGCCGAGCAAGAGCGCUUGAAGGAGCUGAAUGCCAACGCCCCCCCAAAGGACGAGGAGGAUGAGGAGAACGGCCCCAAACCCUCCAGCGACCUGGAGGCUGGGAAGGCCGUGCCCUUCAUCUAUGGAGACGUGCCGCCAGGGAUGUUCAACAUACCCCUGGAGGAGCUGGACCCCUACUACCGAGCCCAGAAGACCUUUAUCGUCGUCAAUAAAGGGAGUACCAUCUUCAGGUUCAAUGCUGAACCAGCCUGCUAUUGUCUGAGCCCCUUCAGUAUUGUAAGACAGAUAGCCAUCAAAGUUCUCAUACAUUCAUUGUUCAGCAUGUUCAUCAUGUUAACUAUUCUAGCAAACUGCGCGUUCAUGACGAUGAGCAACCCUCCAGCAUGGAGUAAAACUGUGGAGUAUGUUUUUACUGGUAUCUAUACUUUUGAAGCAACAAUCAAAGUACUAUCUAGAGGAUUCUGUAUAGGAGAUUUCACAUUCCUUCGUGACCCUUGGAACUGGCUUGAUUUCAUGGUCAUCAGCAUGGCGUACAUCACUGAGUUUGUUGAUCUGGGCAAUGUGUCUGCGCUGAGAACAUUCCGAGUUCUUCGUGCCCUGAAAACUAUCACUGUAAUUCCUGGUCUGAAAACCAUCGUCGGUGCACUGAUUCAGUCGGUGAAGAAGCUACGGGAUGUAAUGAUUCUCACCCUGUUCUGUCUGGCUGUAUUCGCCCUGGUUGGCCUUCAGCUAUUCAUGGGCAACCUGCGGCAGAAGUGUGUCGUUUGGCCACCACAGUCCAACAACACAGAGGACUUGCUUAGCUUCACCCCAGACUACAGCACCUUGGACUUCACCGUAGACUACAACAACACCGCAAACAGUACCUUUGACUUUAAGGCAUACAUUGACAACCCAGACAACCAUUACUUCCUGGAGGGUCAAUUAGACCCAAUGCUCUGUGGGAACAGCUCAGAUGCUGGUGUUUGCCCUGACGGAUAUACCUGCCUUAAGGCAGGAAACAACCCCAACUACGGGUACACAAACUACGACUCUUUUGGCUGGGCCUUCCUGGCUCUCUUCCGUCUGAUGACACAGGACUACUGGGAGAACCUUUUUCAGCUGACCCUCCGAGCAGCGGGAAAGACCUACAUGAUCUUCUUCGUGGUCAUGAUCUUCCUUGGCUCUUUCUACCUCAUCAACCUCAUUCUGGCUGUGGUUGCCAUGGCGUACGCCGAGCAGAAUGAUGCCACUAUGGCUGAGGCCAAAGAAAAGGAGGAAGAGUACGCCAAGAUCCUGGAGCAGCUGAAGAACCGAGAAAUUGAGAGGCAAGAGAGACGAGCCAGCAAUAUAUCCGCGUUGAGUCAGAGCAAUAAGGGUGGAGGAACAGAGGAUGAUCAUACUGAUGAUGACCGAAGCCUUGGCAAAGACGGAGAGGUUAAGGAUGAGAAGUCUGCAGCGGUCGCAGUGAAGUCCAAUGGCAGCAUGGACUACCUGCAGGUCCCUGGGAUGCAACAGAGGAAAGGCAGUGCUGUCAGUGCCACCAGCGCCCUCAGUGCUGCCAGUGCUAUAUCAGCAGCAAGCAACGCCAUGGACGAACUUGAGGAACUUCAGAGGCCAUGCCCGCCUUUCUGGUACAAGUUUGCGGACAUCUUUCUGAAGUGGAACUGCUGUCCUCCGUGGGUCUUCCUGAAGAAGUGGGUGUAUUUUGUGGUGAUGGACCCGUUUGUGGACUUAGGCAUCACCAUCUGCAUCGUGCUCAACACUCUUUUCAUGGCCAUGGAACACUAUCCAAUGACAGAGGAGUUUGAGAAUAUGCUUUCAGUGGGGAAUCUGGUAUUCACAGGGAUCUUCGCAGCUGAGAUGGUUUUCAAGCUCAUCGCCAUGGAUCCCUAUUAUUACUUCCAAGUGGGCUGGAACAUAUUUGACAGCAUCAUCGUGACCAUGAGCCUGGUGGAGCUGGGUCUGGCUGAUGUCCAGGGCCUCUCUGUGCUACGUUCCUUCCGUUUGAUGCGUGUCUUCAAACUGGCCAAGUCCUGGCCCACCCUCAACAUGCUGCUCCGCAUCAUUGGCAACUCCGUUGGCGCCCUGGGCAACCUGACUCUCGUCCUUGGCAUCAUCGUCUUCAUCUUUGCCGUGGUGGGCAUGCAGCUGUUCGGCAAGAACUACAGUGAAUGCGUGUGCAAGAUCUCCGAGGACUGUGUGCUGCCCCGCUGGCACAUGCACGACUUCUUCCACGCGUUCCUCAUCAUUUUCCGCAUCCUGUGCGGGGAGUGGAUCGAGACCAUGUGGGACUGCAUGGAGGUGGCUGGUCAAGGCAUGUGCCUCGUUGUCUUCAUGAUGGUGAUGGUCAUCGGUAACCUAGUGGUCCUGAACCUCUUCCUGGCCUUGCUGUUGAGUUCCUUCAGUGGAGAUAACUUGGCCCCACCAGACGAUGAUGGAGAGAACAACCUCCAGAUCGCCAUUGGGAGAAUUACCUGGGGCAUUGACUGGGCCAAAGCCUUCAUCAUCGGGCAAAUUAGGAGGCUUCUUGGGCUGAAACCCAAAAAGGGGGAGGAGGAGGAGGAGGAGGAGGAUCAAGAAGAUCACGUCAAGUGCAACAAUUUGGUCCUGAAAAACCUGAACUCGGGUGAGCCUGGGCUGAAGAAAGUGGAUGGAGUGUGGGGUUGGGCAGAAGACACCGACAAUGACGGGUCAUUUACUAACGCUCUGACCCUAAACGUGCCCAUUGCCAAGGGAGAGUCGGACAUGGAUACUCACGAUGAAGACAGCAAUUCAGAGUACGAGAACGAGGCAGAAGAUGGUGAGAAGCCUAAGAAGGAGGAUAAUGAUGGCGACUCUUCACAGUGCAGUACAGUGGACAGGGGUCCUCCGAUAGAGGAGAUGGAGGAAGAGGAGGAGGAAGACGUCUUGCCUGACGAGUGCUACACUGAGAACUGUAUCCGGCGGUGUCCUUGCCUGACCCUGGACAUCACCGAAGGCAAAGGGAAAAUAUGGUGGAACCUCCGGCGCACGUGCUUUACAAUAGUGGAGCACAGCUACUUUGAGACCUUCAUCAUUUUUAUGAUCCUGCUCAGCAGUGGUGCUCUGGCCUUUGAAGACAUCUACAUUGAGCAGAGAAGAACGGUUAAGAUCAUUCUGGAGUAUGCUGAUCAGGUGUUCACAUACGUCUUCAUCGUGGAGAUGCUUCUCAAAUGGGUAGCUUAUGGCUUUAAAGUCUAUUUUACCAACGCCUGGUGCUGGCUGGACUUCCUCAUUGUUGAUGUUUCCAUCAUCAGCCUGACAGCCAACAUCCUGGGCUACUCAGAGCUGGGGCCAAUCAAGUCUUUACGAACUCUCAGGGCCCUUAGGCCCCUCAGAGCCCUGUCCAGAUUUGAAGGGAUGAGGGUGGUGGUGAAUGCGCUAGUGGGAGCCAUCCCCUCCAUCUUCAAUGUGCUGCUGGUCUGCCUGAUCUUCUGGCUAAUCUUCAGCAUAAUGGGUGUCAACCUCUUUGCCGGAAAGUUCUACCACUGUGUGAACACCACCUCAGGGGAGAUGUUUCUCACAGAUGUGGUGAACAAUAAAUCAGAUUGUUUAUCCCUUGCGGAGUCUGGUCUUGAUGCUCGAUGGGCAAACCUCAAGGUUACCUACGACAAUGUGGGCAUGGGCUAUCUUUCUUUGCUUCAAGUGUCAACAUUUAAGGGAUGGAUGGACAUCAUGUAUGGUGCAGUUGAUUCACGUGGGAUUGAAGAUCAACCUGAGUAUGAAGCAAACCUCUACAUGUACCUCUAUUUUGUAAUAUUCAUCAUCUUUGGCUCCUUCUUUACCCUUAAUCUCUUCAUUGGUGUCAUCAUUGACAAUUUCAACCAACAGAAAGCAAAGUUUGGAGGUAAGGACAUCUUCAUGACAGAAGAACAGAAAAAGUACUACAAUGCUAUGAAGAAACUGGGUUCUAAGAAGCCACAGAAGCCUAUACCAAGACCAGAGAACAAAAUUUCAGGACUGGUGUAUGACUUGGUCACCCAACAAUUCUUUGACAUCCUUAUCAUGAUAUUGAUCAUGCUCAACAUGAUAACCAUGAUGGUGGAAACGGAUGACCAGAGUAAAGAGAAGGAAGACAUACUUUUCCUCAUCAACUUGGCCUUCAUUGUGGUCUUCACCACAGAAUGCAGCCUGAAAAUGAUUGCCCUCCGACAGUAUUUCUUCACAAUUGGCUGGAACAUUUUUGACUUUGUUGUUGUUAUUCUAUCCGUAGUGGGCCUUGUGCUGGCAGACCUCAUUGAGAAAUAUUUUGUCUCUCCAACUCUUUUCCGUGUGAUCCGACUGGCAAGGAUUGGUCGAGUUCUGCGCCUUAUUCGUGGUGCCAAGGGAAUCCGGACACUUCUGUUUGCCCUGAUGAUGUCACUUCCUGCACUUUUCAAUAUUGGCCUUCUGCUUUUCCUCAUCAUGUUCAUUUUCUCCAUUUUUGGCAUGUCCAACUUCGCCUAUGUCAAGCGUGAAGGCAUGGUUGAUGACAUGUUUAACUUCGAGACUUUUGGCAACAGCAUCAUCUGCCUUUUCAUGAUCACAACUUCAGCUGGUUGGGACGGACUCCUUUCACCCAUUUUGAACAGUGCUCCACCGGAUUGUGACCCUGACUUGGAAAACCCAGGAUCAGAUGUGAGGGGUAACUGUGGCAGCCCUGGAGUAGGAAUUGUCUUCUUCUGCACCUACAUUGUGAUGUCCUUCUUGGUGGUGGUCAACAUGUACAUUGCCAUCAUCCUGGAGAACUUCAACGUGGCCACUGAGGAAAGCGCUGACCCAUUGUGCGAGGAUGAUUUUGAGAUGUUCUACGAGAUGUGGGAGAAGUUUGAUCCAGAUGCCUCACAGUUCAUCAGCUACAGCCAGCUGUCCGAGUUUUGCGACACCUUAAAAGACCCCCUCAGGAUCCCAAAACCAAACACAAUCAAGCUGAUCACCAUGGACCUGCCCAUGGUGCCAGGUGAUAAGAUCCACUGUCUGGACAUCCUUCUGGCCCUGACUGCCAAUGUACUCGGUGACUCAGGAGAGUUGGACACGCUCAAGGCGAGCAUGGAGGAGAAGUUCAUGGCCAACAACCCAUCCAAGACAUCCUACGAGCCCAUCACCACCACACUGAAGCGCAAGCAAGAGGACGUGGCUGCCCGAGUCAUCCAGAAAGCCUGGCGCAAGUACAUCCUCCGCCGUUCCCUCAAGCAUGCCUCGUUCCUGUUCCGUGAGAAGUCCGACCAGACUGAGGAUGGGGAGGAGCCACCUGAGAAGGAUGGAAUGAUUGCUUUCAGAAUGAGCCAGUUCUAUGGGGAUGGGAUGGAGCAAGAUGUUGCCAUGUGGAACCCCAUAGCUGCUUCUGACAAACUGCCUCUCACUCCCUCUGGUCGUGUGGAGGUCCAGAAUGAGGUGGUCUUGCACUCUUCCCCAUACACUAUCCCUGACACAGCCGAAUUUGUUGACAGCCUGAGGGAGAGUAUCGUUUAGAUGUAAUUCCUCAAGGGUUAGUAGUGUCACCUUAAUGUUUUGGUGUCUAGUGCCUCUUGGGUGCAUUGUGUAAAGUCAAAUGUUUCAGAAUGGUCUUCAAGGCCUUCUGAUUGUGGUGGUAUAGAUUGUUACGUUUUAGCAUGGCUAAAAUGCAAUGCAAUUUCUCCCAAAAGUGGGGCCCACCCUCUCCAUAUCAGACUUUGAUCCUUAGCCAAAUAAUAAUGAAUGACAGCUAUAAUUACUUGAAAAAUUAUAUGCAUCAGAAAAUUGUUACUAACUAGAACAAGUUUAGUUUUGUUUAAUUACUAACUAAAAUAAGUAAACAAUGGAAGUAAUUGUUACCUUGGUAUGACUAUUGGAGUGCACUAGAUAUUUAUUUUAUUUAAAAAUCUUUUAUUCAUUGUUGUCGGCGACUUUUCCCUGCAGAAAACUGGUUGGCAACAUUGAUAUGCCAUGUCAUUAGAGGUACACGUUUCCAACUCAAAAUGGAAAUGCAAAUUAGAGCCAGUCAACCAUCAAGGAAAGUCUAAUCUUUUCUUUGGGGACACUCCAGGAAACAGCCAGAAUUUACAGUUGAACAGCAGUAUAUCAGAGAUGGGUCAGCCAAAACUACAGGAGCUACUGAAGCCAUUGUUUUUAAGCGGAAAUAUAUUAAAACUCCCCUGGUGACGACAUGUUUAUGUACAGACCUCAAAACUCUAUGCUUCUAAAAUCUAAAUGAGCAGAAAGUCAGAAAAAUGCACUGCAGAUAUUGAUAUAUGUGAUGACACCAAAACAGUUCUAAUGAGGAAUAGUCAUAUGUCAUAGGUUGUCAAAACCAUGCUGAUAAUAUUUAUUUAAUUACAUUUGUAUUUAUUUUAUUUAAUUCUAAUACCAUGAUUCAAAAGUAGCCACACACUUUCUGUUACUUUUGUAUGCUGUAUGUAAAAUGAUUGGUUGUGUUAUCAUCACCCCAAGUCAUCUCCUAUAGAUCAUUUAAAACUGAGGCCCUUUAACAUGCUGGUCCUGUGUGAUGGAAUAGUGGGAGAAAGCUGGACCCUACAAAGAUGUGCUACCAAGAGCCCCCUGGGUGUUUUGGUUGUCAUUGACAUUAAUAGAGAGUAUAAAGAGAACUCUUACUGUAUAAACAGAGAAUUGUUGUGCUGGGCUGCCCAGUGGGGUUCUGAAAUGUUACUUGUCCUCUUGGUGAGCGAUGGUCAGAAGAGCCUUUUUUAAAAAAAAAAAAUACAACAACAAAAAACACUGGCAGGUUUCUAAAUUGUCAGCACGCUCAGAUCUCCUCUGGUGUAUGAACAUGUAUGUCAUUUUUCAGUGUUUUUAGAUGACAUGUCUGCCACAGAGAUUAUCUUCUGCAUGCAAGAUUUAAACACUGGCAAUUUCUUGUUAAAUGAACAACGAAUUAAUAUAUUUUUAGGUAAAUAUAUUUUUUAUAAAUUUGUUUUGUAUCGUUCUCCUUGUAAAAAAGCUUUGUUGUAGAUAUUUGCUUGUCCUAGAUUUUCUUUCAUUCUUUAACAUCAUGUUUACAUAUUUGUUCUAAUCAAGUGAGCUUCCAGAAGUAAUCAUGUUUGUCUCAGUUUAAUGAGUUUGAAUUCUUAAAACUGGCCAUUACAUAAUAGAAUGUAAGUAUAGAUCUUUGUUGGUUGACUGUGGAAAAAAAUUGCCAAAACUUUGCAACCACUGUCUAGGAAUCAAAUAUAUCAGGGAUGCUCAACAACUAUAUAGAAGAACAUACAAGAGCAGAAAGUUCUCAAACUUCACCUAUAUAUAUUUUUUAAGUAGGAUUUUAUAUAAGUAACCAUAGAUUUUUCCCCCAGUAGCCUAUUGAAAAUGUUGACUUGUAAUGUGAAAGUUGGAAAAAUAUGAAUAUCAAUAUAUUUUACCCUACAAAAUUAACUAUUUUUGAUUUAUGGCACUUCCACAAACAACCAGUCUUACCUAAACAUUGCUUCCUUUUAAAUUAUCAUUGCCAGAGAAUGGGCAGUUUAACAAUAUAAUUGUUGUGUCUCAUUUUUGUAGAAAUAGGAAUGCAUUCAUGAAUUGAUAUGUAGUUUAUAUUUUCAACUAUUCUUUCAAAUUUAGAUGAGCGAUUUAUCUAGUAAUGCUAAACCUGUGCAACCUGUCAGAUAAGUUUUGCUUUUCAAGAGUUCGGAGAGGUCUUCGGAAUGCUGUUCUGGUAUUUCAGUAAUUAAGUGCAAUUACAUUAGUGUAUAGUGACAUUGACAUGUUCUUCAACUAAAUUAUUUUAGUUAUAAUAAUAAUAAUACAUUUUAUUUAUAAAGCGCCUUUCAAGACACCCAAGGUCGCUUAGUUACUGUAUGUAGCUGUUGAUUUUUGCAUUUUGAAAGUUUUGUAAAGUUUGUAAUAGUUAAAGUUAUUUUUAAAUAAAAAUAAAAGUGUCACCCAGCAAUAAUCCAGUAUUGGCUAAAGUAACUCAGCUAGUUAUGUGUGUAGAUUCUGAGAGUUGCUUUCUGCUGUUGUAGAAAAAUAUUUUCUUGAAAAAAACAAUCUCUAUCCCAAUUGAAGAGGCCUGGCAUCACUUAGCAUAAACCCAACUUAAUAAGAAAGAAAAAAGGGCAGUCAGUGUUCGGCAAUGCAACAAGGUCGUCAUUUUAAAUUCCGUCAGCAUGAAUUGUCGUGACUUCAUGAUGCUAUACGACAACUCAAUAACGCAAAAUUCAGCAGUUAUGGCAUGAGUUUCAGAGAACAAGAUUCUCAUUCAUGUUGUGCACGUUUAAAGAGACGUGUCUCCACAGAGUGUCUCAGACUCAACUUCAGUUGUUCAGUGGCAGCAGCUAACUUUCAGUAGCAGAAGGGAACAAGAGCCCCUGGAGGCCUAGAAUGAAGCUCAGCCAGCUUCAAAAUGACCCGUCCCUCUUGUGUCAAAUUCUCUCACUUUGUUGAUUUCAAGGUUAAUGUGAACACUCACGAUGAUGUCAUUAGAGCCCAAUGUGUCUAAUCAUACUGAUCCUGAUAAUUGACCUCUCCAUCAGUCGGUCGAAGCAGGCGUUGUCCAUGUUCAUUUUUUAUCGUGAACGUCUGCAUGUCUGCAAUGGUCUAAAUGGCACACAGAUCCCUGUAGUAUAACUGUGUUACCAGCUCAACUUUCAGCUCAUCUAGAAGUCUAAAAAGAGCUGUCUUUUUUAUCAUUAAACAAUUGAACUACUGUAAACUGCAUUGUAUUUUGUAUUGUAAACUACAUUUUGAUUUAUAAAACAUUUUGUAGUUAUUUUUCCUUUCAACCUUCAUCAAUUCUUUUUCAAGUUCACUGAGAUACGCCAAUGUGUGUGAUACAAUGAUAGCAAUAUAUUCAUCUCCCCACAAUGCUGUGAACAAUACUCUCUCAAGCCCAAAAGUGAACAGAAUUUUUGGAACCUAUGCACUGUCCAAAUUGGCAUACGCUAUAAUUAACUUCAGGGCAGGAGAAAGAGUCACUGUCUACUCCAUGCCAUGCCGUGAUUGAGAAUCAGAAUUAUAUUUGUUUGAGUUGUAUUUGUGAAUGCUUUGAUAAAUGGAUCGAUGUGACUGUUUGUGUGAUUCACUAUAGAUCAGGGUUUGUCCAUGUUGCUCUUGAUCCACCCCCCCUACAGUCCCCUUCAUCAGUGUGGUUUCCAGUUCUCCCUGCCCUGGAUAGCUGACUGAACUCCAUCAGUUCCGCUGGAGAUUAAAUGGACAUGCACAGCAUCCUGCCAAUCCAGGUCAUUUGAACCACACUGCUUUGUGUCAGGUGUCACUGAGUAGGAAUGGAAGAUUUCCAGUGCAGGAAGGCUCAGUGGCUGGUUUGAUUCUCUGCUUUUAGGACAGAAAGGGAGGAGAGUUUCUCUUGAAUGUGUGCAUUCUCGAUGAUGCUUGUACAUAUGUAUUAUGACUUUCAUUUUGGAAUGAUUUUUUUUUUUUAGGUCUUUGUAUAAUGACAGUGCCUUUUACAAAUGCAGUAUAAAUUCACUUCAAAUGCCAAUAAAUGAUGUGGAAAUUCA